AUGUCUGAAGAGAAGCCUAGCUUGGAUUCAAGUGUUCCUCCUGAGGGCCAUGCUUUCAACAUUGAUCUUGAAAAGGGGCUUCCUUUGAAUACACCGCAGGAUAUUAAAGAAUCAUUCGGGUCAGGUUCUCCAAAAAUCAAACGAAACAAGGUAGUAGCUUUCCUUGGUUUUUUGCUUCCGGAUAAGGAUUAUUAUGAUAUAAAAGAGAACAAGAUUAAAGCCAACGCCUAUACUUUUUUAGCUGAAUAUAAGAAAGAAACAAAACAUCACUUUCCUAAAAAUGUAAUCGUUGAAAACAGAACAGUUCACUGCAUUUCGACAUCGGUUUUAUCAUUAUUGUGCUCAUUAGCUGCCUUUUACCACUAUGACUUCCUUUCUUGGUUACUACAUGUAUCUAGCGAAAUUGGAUAUCCUUGGGAUUUCUUUUGUCCUUUAGGCCAAUUCUUUCUAACAUGGGCAACUUCUUUCGGUGUAUUUUACGUAUUCAGUCGGCCUAUUAUUUGGGUAGCAUGGCUCGUGGCUAAAGCACUAAUUUUUAUUGUGGGUGGUCUUGGGGUCGUUUCCGAACAUUUUUUAUUUCUGGUGCAGAUAUUAUAUCUCAUUGUACUCUCGCGGUAG